GGGCUCCAGUUGGCUGUGUGCGCUCAGACGCACAGACGCAAGCAUCCCACUGGCUGGAGUUGGAGGACACUCGGCCGUCUCAGUUCCACCGCUGCGCCUGAUCCCUUCGUCUUUUGUCUCCCGGCGGUGAAAAGACCACCCGUACAGGAAGGGAGGAUAGAAAGAAAGCAGCUAUUUUCACCAGAAACUGUGACAGGAGUCGGGAUUGGACACUUUUUUUUUUUGGGUUGUUUUUUUUUUUUUUUUUUUCUUCUUUUUUUGGAAGGGAAGAUUAUUUCUCACAGGAGUCGAACUGGAUCUGUUGUGUACAGCGGAGCGCGCACUGUUACGUCUUUUCAAUGGAUUUCAACACAGUGGAAGUACUCUGGGAAUUAAACUAUUGUUAAGUCGCUUUUAGUGUUUUUUGCGCAUUUCGUUUUCCAACAAGGAUUUUUACGAUUCACAUGGAGAGGAAGACGAUGUUCCUCGCAGCGCUUUAUGUCCUCCUGGCUCUUUUAGAUGUGUUGUCCUUCGCCGAGGAGAACCUGCGUGCCGGGGCCACUCGGUUGGACUGUGUGAGGGCCAGUGAGCAGUGUCUGAAGGAGCAGGCGUGCAGCACCAAGUACCGCACCAUGAGGCAGUGCGUGUCCGGGGGCAAGGAGAGCAACUUCAGCGUGGUGGCCAGUCUGGAGGCCAAGGACGAGUGCCGGAGCGCCAUAGACGCGCUCAAACAGAGUCCCCUCUACAACUGCAGGUGUAAAAGAGGGAUGAAGAAAGAGAAGAACUGCCUGCGUAUUUACUGGGGAAUCUAUCAGACAUUGCAAGGUAAUGACUUCUUGGAAGACUCGCCCUACGAACCCGUGAACAGCCGUCUAUCUGACAUUUUCCGCCUGGCUCCCAUCUUAGAGGGAGGGGAGCCCUGGAGCAGCUCCGUCACCUCAGCCCCGGGCAGGGGGGGCGCCCAGGGCCGAGAGCCCGGUCUGGGUCGAGGGAGCCCCUCCUCCACAGAACUUCAGGAUCCCAGUAGAAACAGAAGAGCUCACCCCAAUUGGGCCAUACUGGGUGAACCUGCAGUUGCCAGAGAGAAUAACUGCCUGAACGCUGCCAAGGCCUGUAACCUGAACGACACUUGUAAGAAGUAUCGCUCUGCCUACAUCAGCCCCUGCACCACCCGAGUCUCCACUGCUGAAGUCUGCAACAAGAGGAAGUGCCACAAGGCCCUGCGGCAGUUCUUUGACAAGGUUCCUCCGAAGCACAGCUACGGCAUGUUAUUCUGUUCCUGUCCGCUCAGAGACCAGACAGCGUGUUCUGAGCGCAGGCGUCAAACCAUCGUCCCUGUCUGCUCAUACGAAGAAAAACAGAAACCCAACUGUUUGGAACUGCAGGUCACCUGCAAGAACAACUACAUCUGCAGGUCACGUCUGGCUGACUUCUUUGCGAACUGCCAGCCGGAGCCCCGUUCGCUGACAGGCUGUCUGAAGGAGAACUACGCAGACUGUCUGCUCGCAUACUCGGGUCUGAUUGGUACGGUGAUGACACCCAACUACCUGCGCUCACCCAAGAUCAGCGUCUCACCCUACUGCAACUGCAGCAACAGCGGCAACAACAAGGACGAGUGUGACAAGUUCACCGAGUUUUUCACCGAGAACACCUGCCUCCGUAAUGCUAUCCAGGCUUUUGGGAAUGGGACAGAUGUCGGGGUGUGGCAGCCCAUGUCCCCGGUACAGACCACCACCUCCACCACCACCCCCUACCAGAGGAACCGCGAACGCAAUCCCAACACCAUCGAUAACCACAUCAACACAGACCCUGGCAUCUACCACUUCUGUGGCAGCCUACAGGCCCAGAAAUUGAAGUCGAACUCAACUGUUGAUGGAGUCUUCUGUGUGGACCCUCAGAUAGACGGUCCAAGUACGUCCAACGCCAUCCUGAGGAACUCGGCGGUGUCCAGACGGCCUGCAGCCGCUGCCUCUCUGCUGCCCCCGCUGCUGUGGCUGUGGUACUGCACCCUGCACGCGCUCUCCUCGCCGGGCGACUUGUAGCCUCACAGCUUCACAGCAACAAUCUGCAAAGGACUGACAAACACACAUUUGUAUAAAAAGAAGCAAAACAUGAAAUUAUAUCCUUUCUUCUCAGUAAUACCUGUUGUACUUUGAUUUCCCUGUUUCUUCUUUCUCUCUCUGUUUUGAUUCUUACUUUACUUUACUGUUUGUGUUUGGGUUUUUUUUUUUUUUUAAGAAUUUUUGAGAAGCGUUGUUGGUUUAUUAUAUUUUCUGUUUUUUGCUUUGCAGCUGUGUGCUAAAAUGGUGAUCUACUAAUACGUGUUAACUCAGUUUGGCUGUGUGUUCCUUUUGGGUUCGCUUAAAAAAAAUAAAAUAAAAUAACGGAGGGGGAUUUAAAGCUUCUGUGAUGCUCACUGGGGCAGAAAUGUGAAAAUACUGGAGGACUACAUUCCAAUAAACCACAGCUGGUGGCUCUUGGAACGGUACACACAUGUAAAUUAACAUCGGUUUCCAAAGUUGUCGAACAGUUUCCACCCAUGUCUGUUUGUGUGUUGAGGCUAUAGGUGGGAUCUUUUGCGUAAAAGUCACAGUCGGUUCAGUAACAGCUACAUUUUAGCACUUGGGCAGCCUUUUAGGUGUUUUUCAGUCUCCUCUGUGGUUUUGUGUACGUUUUGAUAAUAAUGUGAUCUAGUAUUUUACAUUUUUGUGAGCUGAAUGAAAGGUCCCCAUGGAUAUUUAUCCGGCAAAGGCUUUUCUCUUUUUUUUUUUUUUUUUCCAGGGUUAACACCGGUAACUUCAACAUCUGAGAACGUCUGCGCCCAAACAGUUUUUACUGUAGCUCAUACUGAACACACACCGCCGCUGGCAAAAGCACACAGGCAAAGACCCACAAACACACACUGCACAUUUUCACACAUUCAGACACAAACACGCACACAGCACGGGCUUUCCACACCUUUUUUUUUUUUUUUUUUUUCUGUACUGUUUGUUUGCAAAGAUCACAGGACAGUGGGUUUAUACGCUGCUGUGGAUGGCUCAGUCCACUCAACUCAUUAGUGACUGUACAUAACUUGUAAUUGUUCCAAGUCCGAGCCAUGUUCAGUGUUUCUCUAUGGAGAGGCUGCUACAGUGUUACCUGAACCCAGUUGUUUUUUGGAGUUUGAUGUACUUCGCUGCACCGCGUCCACGAAAACAAGAGCUGAGGAUAAAACAUGUGUGUCGUUGUGGAGUUUAUUCAACAGUAACUCACAUCGCCGUCGCUCCAAAGCUUAAAGCGUUAUUUUUAUCAUCUGUGUUGAAAAAGAAGUGUUUGGAGCUGGAGCCAUGACUUCAUAUUGAUGUUUCACUAAACUGUGCCCCCCUUUUAUUUUCACUUUUUAACCCAAAUGCAGACGUUGAAGUGAAUGAGCAGAGCACGCUGGUUAACCCUUAACUUUAAGAGCUAAGAGGCUGGUCCACCAUGGCGGCGUCCACGACCGGCUUCUGUGCAGGGUGAAAACACCCACAGUGAAAACACACUCCUGUAAAUUUCAUAGAAAAUAUAAAAAUAUGGUGGUUUUCAGUUGCUGUAAGUAAAAACCUAACACCAGAUCCAUCGGGAAAUAACGGAGUUUGAAGUAGUGCCUCAUACGACUACAAGCAGCUGACCCUCGUCACCGCUGUGAGGCUGUGAUUGGACCGUUAAAGGGGGCGGGGUUUGUAACAACACCUUAUGUAAAAACUUCACAAUAAAAAAAGCCCCAACAUAUAUACACUUAAUAAUAGGGCUGGAUGUUAUCGUCAAAAGUAGUAUUAUGAUUAAAGUUCACAUCAUCGUCUAUCAUCUUCGAUCAUUAUCAUGAUAAAUGUCAAAUUAUUAUUUAUUUCAAGUGUAAAAGCUGUUUUUUAAAGGAGGAUUUGCAUAAAAAUGAAAUAAAAUGUUAUUUAUAUAGUUCCAAAUCAUAAAAAUGGUAUCUCAUGACACUAUAUUUUAAGCUGGUCAAAACCAGACUCUUAAUAAGCCAACAGGUUUAUUAAGCUUAAUAAGAUUAAUAAAAAUUACACUUUAGUGCAGGCCUUACCAGUGACAAAAUUCAAAAAGUUGGAAAAAUAUCCACAGAUUCAGAAUUUCUAGUAAAUUUUUUUUUUUUACUCAUAGAGUUAUAACUUAAUUCUCAAAGCCUUCUUUUUUUCAGAAAAUUACAACAUUAAACCUAUAACCUUAUGAUUUAAAAAAAAAAAUUAUCUCAUUGUUUUUAUCUUCAGUGUACCGCGAUUCUUCGUUUAUAGUUUUUUGGUUCUGAAAGUUGAAGAAACCAGGUAUUUUCUGUGGUUUUAAUGAUUUUAGAAAUCUAGAGGAACAUUGGAAGAAAGAAGUCAAC